AGCGGAAUUAACGCGUAAUCGCAAGUGAUCGUGAGGAAAUUAGAAAAGAGAAAAGCAGAGAAGAAAUAUCAAUCGGGAUCGAUCGACACGGAAAAAAAAACAUGACAUCAUCCACAAUCCCUCAUCUUCCUCCCCCAGAAGACCGUCCCGUUCGUGUCUACGCCGAUGGCAUCUACGAUCUCUUCCACUUCGGCCACGCCCGUUCCCUCGAACAAGCCAAAAAAUCAUUUCCGAACACGUAUCUUCUGGUUGGAUGCUGCAGCGACGCAGUAACACACAAGUAUAAAGGAAAAACCGUUAUGACCGAGGAUGAACGUUAUGAAUCCCUCCGCCACUGCAAAUGGGUGGAUGAAGUGAUCCCGGAUGCACCUUGGGUUAUCAAUCAAGAGUUUCUUGACAAAAACAAAAUUGAUUUUGUAGCUCACGAUUCGCUUCCAUAUGCUGAUACCAGUGGUGCUGCAAAUGAUGUUUAUGAAUUUGUUAAAGCUGUUGGGAGGUUUAAGGAAACACAACGGACUGAAGGAAUAUCUACAUCAGAUUUGAUAAUGAGGAUUGUGAAAGAUUAUAAUCAGUAUGUGCUGCGUAACUUGGAUCGUGGGUACUCAAGAAAAGAGCUCGGUGUGAGCUAUGUUAAGGAAAAGCGACUGCGCGUGAAUAGGAGGCUGAAAACUUUGCAGGAGAAAGUUAAAGAACAACAAGAAAAGAUCCAAACUGUUGCAAAGAAUGCUGGUAUGCAUCGCAAUGAGUGGGUGGAAAAUGCUGAUCGUAUGGUUGCUGGAUUUCUAGAAAUGUUUGAAGAAGGUUGUCAUAAGAUGGGGACUGCCAUAAGGGAUCGGAUUCAAGAAAGGUUAAGAGGUCAACAAUCAAGUGAUGACUCAUUUCUUCUGCAAAAUGGCAAGGAUGAUGAGAACGAAGAGUAUUAUGAUGAUGAGGAGGAAGAGAGUGAUGAAGAAUUUUAUGAAGAAUAUUUUGAUGACGAUGAGCUUAAUCCCCAGAAUAAUGGGAAAGAUAUGAACAAAAAGUAGGCAUACUUAUAUAGAUUUAUUUGUUAGAGUCUUGUCAGAAUAUGCUUAGCAACUUCCUAUGAGAUUUCUGCUGUGCUUAGUCUUGGAUCAAGAAACAUGCUUCAAAGUUGCAGAAGGGACCUUCCAUUUUGCUGGUGUGGUCAAAAUUUUCAGCAUUAUAUGUUGAUCAAUACAUGAAAAUGUUGUUUGUGUACCUGUCCUGACCUUUUGUUUCUGAUUAGAGUCAUGUAAUUGACUUGAUGAUAGUGAAAAUUCUGUCAUCUCCAUUUCAUUUGUUGUUUAAAUUUUAGGCUCAAAAUGUUUAUUCUAUUUUCCUUCUUUUCAUCCACACUGACUUAAGACUUGAAAGAUAGGGCCCUGAAGGGUGAGGGUAUCAGCAUUUCCUUGCUGCAAGGUUUUGGUCAUGUUACAAUGUAGGAGGAAUAUUUGUUCAAAGUGUGUUUGUAGUGUCAGUAUUUAAAUCUGGUUGCUGUAGUGUAGAAUAACAAAUAGAUUAUGUUCUGAUUACUAGUAACAAGAAAUAAAUAUUUAAUGGCUA